AUGCAUGAUACAUUUUCUGGAGAACAACCUGAGCUUGAUAACAAUAAUGAUGAAAUCGCAUUAGCCAAUCAUCCUCCUACCCCUGUAGAGGAAAACUUUGGUGUUGAGGGUUCCCAUUCUGCUUCAGGUUUCAAUAGUCCGCAUCAUGCAACCAUUGCGAGUGCGACAAACAGUUACUUUUUUGAUAGAAUUUCUGCAACGUGGCCAGAGGAAAAACUUCUCCUGGCUGCUAGAAAUCAUCAAAGCCCUCGUAUCAGUACGGAUAUCUCAAAUGGUGUAAGUAAAAAAAUGUCAGCUUGGGGUAUGGUGAUUGUUACUGCCGGUCUUCGAGGUGAAAUUAGAACUUUCCAAAAUUUUGGAUUGCCACUGCGAAUAUAA